GUGCUGUUGGGUUCUACUGGCCGUUGGAUGGCAAUGAACGGCAGAUGCUGGGCUCGGGGCACGGUGUGCCCUGUGAACCUCAGGGCACUGGAUCUUCAGUCCUAUUCUUGUACUCUCACAUUUUUCUACUAGUUCUUUCUCGAUUUCCCUAAAAAAAAAUAUUGUCGAUGGCAGGGAGGAGUACGGAGGAGGCGCCGGCGACGGUGAGCGGCUACGAGCUGCGGGAGCGCCUGGGCGGGAGGCCCCCGUUCACGUCCGUGUGGCGCGCGAUCCUGCUGUCGACCGGCGCCCCCGCGGCGGUGAAGCAGGUGUGGCUGGCCGGCCUCCCCGGCCGCCUCCGGGACAGCCUCGACUGCGAGCUCCGCUUCCUCGCUGCCGUCAGCCACCCCAACAUCGUCCGCCUCCUCGAAGUCAUCCAGACUCAGGGCUGCCUCUACCUCGUCAUGGAACUCUGCGAAGGAGGAGACCUGGCGAGCUACAUCGAGCGGAGCGGCAGGGUGGAGGAGCGCGUGGCCAGAAAUUUCAUGAGACAAAUCGGAGCUGGUUUGCAAGUGCUCCGCAGGCACCAUGUCGUCCACCGGGACUUGAAACCUGAGAAUAUCCUACUCUCUUGUCCUGACAGCAAUGCGAUACUCAAAAUAUCUGAUUUCGGCCUCUCCAGGGUUCUUCAUCCUGGGGAGUUUGCAGACACAGCCUGUGGCACCCGUUUGUACAUGGCCCCAGAAGUCAUGCUGUUUCAGAAGUACGAUGACAAGGUAGACUUGUGGAGUAUCGGUGCCAUCCUCUUUGAGCUCUUGAAUGGUUACCCGCCGUUCCGCGGUAGAAGCAAUGUGCAGUGCAUAAACAGGACUAGGUCCCUUCCAUUCUCGGAACUCGUCACACCCAGCCUGCAUCCUGACUCAAUCGACAUAUGCACCAGACUACUAUGCGCAAAUCCAGUGGAGCGGCUGUCCUUGCAAGAUUUCAUCAACCACGGCUUCCUCAGGCCACAAAUGCCACAGUGAAACGAGAUUUUGGCGCUGAGCAGUAUUAUCUGAAGCAGAGAAUUCACUGACUUGUUUCUUGUACUGGACUGGCUUCAAAGCUUAGGAUCGGUUGAUUAGUUUCUGUACUUGAUGUAUAAAAAAGGUAUGGAUAUCUAGGGAAUUUAUAAAAGUGAAAACCAGUACGUUUUGAUGUACAUUAUAACUGAAAACAAAAACACUGGAUUCUUGAAUCAGUCCACAAUACAAGAUGGUAAUGAGUAUAGGUUUUACAGUCA